CACAGGAUGAACCUGAGGAAGUACCUCAUCCGGGCGCUGCACCGCCUGCAGAAGGGCCCUGGCUACACCUACAAGGAGCUGCUGGUCUGGUACUGUGACAACACCAACACCCACGGCCCCAAGCGCAUCAUCAAAGAGGGGCCGAAGAAGAAACUGAUCUGGUUCUUCCUAACGCUGCUCUUCGCAUCCCUGGUCUUCUGGCAGUGGGGCAUCCUCAUCAACACCUACCUCUCCUAUAACGUCACCUCCUCUCUCUCCAUUGGCUUUAAGACCAUGAAGUUCCCAGCAGUCACGGUCUGCAACGCCAACCCUUUCAAAUACUCGGAGGUGAAGCAUCUGCUGAAAGAGCUGGACAGGCUGAUCGAAGCAGCGCUGGAGAGGAUCCUGCAGCCCACGCCAGGGAACAGCAGCGAGAAGAGCUCAACCCCACCACUUGACCUGGAGCUCUGGCACCAGAUACCCCUGGUCCUCAUUGAUGAGCACGACAAAGACAACCCCAUCAUUCUGGACAUCUUUGAGAGCAACCAGGCUGCUAACCAAACCUCCAUGGGUAAUCAGACCUCCAUGGGCAAUGAAACAGCUGAAGAAAAGAAGUACAAGUUGGCAGUGAAGCUGUGCAGCCACCAGGGCUCUGACAACUGCACCUACAGGAACUUCACCAGCGCAGCGCAGGCGGUGACUGAGUGGUACAUCCUGCAGUCCACCAGCAUCCUCUCCAAAGUCCCUCUGCAGGAGAGGAUCAGGAUGGGCUACCAGGCUGAGGACAUGAUCCUGGCGUGUCUCUAUGGGGCUGAACCCUGCAACUACAAGAAUUUCACCCAAAUUUAUCACCCAGACCAUGGUAACUGCUACAUCUUCAACUGGGGCAUGGACGAAGAGGCUUUGAAUUCUUCCAACCCCGGCGCCGAGUUUGGGCUGAAGUUAAUUCUGGACAUCAGCCAGCAAGACUACAUCCCUUACCUGUCCUCAGCUGCCGGGGCCCGGCUCAUGCUGCACCAGCAGAAGAGCUUCCCCUUCCUCAAGGAUCAGGGCAUCUACGCCAUGGCUGGGACAGAAACCUCCAUCGGGGUGCUGGUGGACGAACUGGAGCGGAUGGGCUACCCCUACAGUGACUGCACCAUGAACGGCUCCGACGUCCCUGUUAAAAACCUCUACAGCCAGUACAACACUUCCUAUUCCAUACAGGCCUGCCUGCGCUCCUGUUUCCAAAACCACAUGACUGAGACCUGUGGAUGUGGCCAUUACAUGUUUCCUUUACCUGAAGGGGUCAGUUACUGCAAUAACGAAGACAACCCAGGCUGGGCCUAUUGCUACUCAUCACUGAGAUCCAGUAUAAGACACAGACAGAUUUGCAUUGAUUCCUGUAAGGAAACAUGCAAUGACACACAGUACAAGAUGACCAUCUCCAUGGCAGACUGGCCAUCAGAAGCUUCGGAGGACUGGAUUUUCCAUAUUCUGUCUUAUGAAAGGGAUAUGUCAACAAAUGUGACUCUGGACAGAAAUGGGAUCAUCAAGCUGAACAUUUACUUCCAGGAGUACAACUACCGCACCAUCUCAGAGUCUGCUGCCACCACGAUCGUUUGGCUGCUGUCGAGCCUGGGGGGCCAGUUUGGGUUCUGGAUGGGGGGCUCAGUGCUGUGCCUCAUCGAGUUUGGGGAGAUCAUCAUCGACUCGCUGUGGAUCACCAUCAUCAACGUCAUCAGCUGGUGCAAAGGCCUGAAGCAGAAGCGGGCGCAGGCGCGAUAUCCCGACACGCCCCCGACGGUGUCGGAGCUGGUGGAGGCUCACACCAACCUGGGCUUCCAGCACGAGGACACGGGGACCUGCCCCAGGGAGGAGGUGCUGCCCCCCGAGCCCGGCACCCCCCCGCCCAACUACGACUCCCUGCGUGUCCAGCCCCUCGACAUCCUCAGUCCCGACAGCGACGCAGACCCCGAGUGAGCAGCACAGCCCUGGGCCAGCUGCCCCUGCUGAGCCAUCUCCUGCUCCCCACCACAACCAAGAAGGAACUGAAAAGCCCUGGCUGUGCUCCCCCCCAGUUUAACGUGCUCACUGUGAAGAUGCUCUGUCUAAUAAACCCUG